AUGGCUGCAGCUUAUUUAACUUCUUCAAAAUUGCUAUUCAUCACAAUGUUCAUUGCAUUAACUCUGAGCACAAUGGAUUCCAACACAAUCGGUGCUACUGGUGUACUAGCACGACCUUUGUCAGACGUUAAGACUGCGACGACGAUAUCCUUAGCUGCUCGAUUACAAUCAGAUGGGUCAUAUUCUGAAUGUUGGGACUCGUUAACGGAGCUUCAAGCAUGUACCGGUGAGGUUAUACUAUUCUUGCUCAAUGGUGAAACACAUUUAGGUCGGAACUGUUGCCGAGCAAUUCAUAUAAUCCAGCAUAAUUGUUGGCCGGCUAUGCUUGGGUCAUUGGGGUUCACUGAAGAGGAAGGUAAUAUGCUUCGGGGAUAUUGCGAUGCCACUGCCGAUGUUGUACCUACCCCACUAUCACCUCCUUCUACGGUUCCUCUCGUGAAGGAUGAUUUGAAGCCCUGA